CUUCCUUGUUUUUCUGGUGACGUCAGCGAUGGUGUGCAGAGUCACUGCGUCUCCUGUAGUUGUAAACAAGGAAAGAUCUAGAAGCUGACUAGCUUCUUCUCUGAGUCAGUGCUCAGUUCCCACAUUGCUCACUUGAGACCCCAGCGGGACUAGGAGUCACGAAGCUCGUCGUGUUUUCCAGCUGCCCCGAGCCGAGUCUCGUCAGUUAGCGUUGAGACGCUAGCAUCGUCAGUUAGCAUUGUGAGAUAGUUGCUGGGGCGGGCAAGGCCGCCUCUAUGCGUGGGGUUUAUUUCGUCAGUGUGUUCUGGACUUUGUGAACGCUGGGUGGCUGGUCAGAGUUGACUCCGCCCACCAUGGCGGCAGGCGGGACGGAUCGCGAGGAGGAAACGUUGCAGACGGCGUUCAAGAAGCUACGAGUGGACGCUGAGAGUGCGCUCGGCGCGGCGAACGUUCCCGAAUCUCCCCGAGCAGCGGCCCGGGUUUGUGCGGACAAGUCCAAACUGGGCGCUUCAAAGGACAACUGGCAUGGCUGCGUGAGAAAGACAUCCAGAGCGGCCAGUCGAACGCAACGCCGGCGCAGGUCCAAAUCGCCCAUCCUGCAUGCGGCCAGGUUCACCUACUGCAGCGCCUCCACUCUGGUGCCUCCUGGUGGCUGUCUGAAGCAACAGCGCCUGGCAGUGCCUACCGAGUCUUGUCCUGACAGAGGAAGCGCCGUUGCCGCCGGCAAAGACCCCGCCUCUUCGGCUGUUUUCGGCUCGACCGCGGGUUAUGUCACGCCCAUUGUAGGUGCCGUGUCGUCACCCUCCUUGCCAGCAGACUUCUCAGCCAGUGUUUUGCCGACCACGCCUCCCAAAAGGGACGAGGAAUGUUCCGGAAGUGUACAGGAAGCCGCUGUUGAGUCGACUGACUUCAAGGCUUUAUCCAAACUGUGCGAUGGUGCACGUUCCCCUUGCACGUGUACUCUGACUGAUGCCAUCACAGAACACCAGAAAGCGAGCGAGGCGGCGGUCGAGUGCGAGUGCCGGUCUAAAGCUGAAGGCUGGAAUGGCAUGAAGGCGUAUUCCUUCUCGGGACUGCGUGACGUCAUGUCUGAAUGCGAGCACCAACAAGCGCCCCCCAGAACUGACUGUAACACCCCGGCUGCUCCACCCUCACUGUCAUCACCUCGCUCUUGCUCGGAGCAGGCGCGCGCCUUCGUGGACGACGUCACUAUCGAAGACUUGUCGGGUUACAUGGAGUUUUACCUGUACAUCCCCAAAAAGAUGUCACACAUGGCCGAGAUGAUGUACACCUGAGAGCACUGUGCACAAGUCACAUGACCAGACAUCUGUUUUUUUGUUUCCAAUAAAAUCAAAUGUCUAA